AUGCCAAGAUUCCUCUUCACCGCUGCCUUGACGUUCCUACUCGUGUUUGCUCUUCUCUCAACUAUCUCUGCAGAUAGGUUGAGUGCAGUCGCAAAAGCACGAGGCUAUGAUCCUCGUGUUAUCAAUCAAAGAGCUGUCGAGGAAGCCAAAUCAAAACCCAAGCGCCAGCCAGUCGUGAAGAGAGCCGCAGAGACGGCAUCAGUAUGCACUACCCCUCUUCCACCAAAUCCAACAGCUCCACCUAGCUGUGGAGGAAACAACUGUGUCAAUGCUUUCAACAAACAAUUCACCGCAAGCCUAGAUAAUCUGGAGUCGUUCUGUAGCUCAUGGACGGCGUCGCCGACUUCCUCCUUCUCGCCCACGGGUACUGCAGCUUGGGCUGCAAACUGCGUUGGUCCUUCUACUGCUGCCACACAAGCCUCUGCUGUCGCAUCCAAAGUUUCGUCAGCAUGCAGUUGCUUUGUUCCGGAGCCCACUCCUUGCCCAGGGGAAGAGAAGUUCCAAUUCUUGAACGCAGAUACUAAACCAUUUCAAGUCACUUCGCUUCCAGAAGUAAACUACGACAUUGGAGAAAUGUAUUCAGGUCUCAUUCCAAUCGACAUGAAUGAUCCAUCUCGAGCACUGUUCUUCGUAUUUCAACCCACCGACGGUGCGCCAGUUGACGAGGUCACGAUCUGGCUCAACGGCGGACCAGGCUGCAGCUCACUUGAAGGUUUCUUUCAAGAAAAUGGUAGAUUCAUCUGGAGUUGGGGAAUGUAUGAGCCUGUUUACAAUCCAUAUUCAUGGGUGAAUUUGACCAAUGUUUUGUGGGUCGAGCAGCCUGUUGGAACUGGCUUCUCCAUUGGUAAUGUUACCGCCACCAGCGAGGAGGAUAUUGCCACAGACUUUGCCGAUUUCUUUUUGAACUUCCAGAAGAUUUUCGGGAUCUCGAAGUUCAAGAUUUAUGUCACUGGUGAGAGUUAUGCCGGGAGAUACGUCUCUUACAUCUCAGCAGAAAUGUUGAAUCGUAACGACACGGAUCACUUCGAUGUCAGCGGAGCAUUGAUCUAUGACCCCACCAUUGGACCCUAUGUUUACCUGCAACAAGAAGCCGUCGCUUACCCUUACAUCGAGAAGUGGAACAAUAUCAUUGGCUUGAACGAAAGCUACAUGGCUCAGCUUAAAGAGCUUGAUCAAUCUUGUGGUUAUGCAGAAUACCGAGAGAAAUAUUUGACGUAUCCUGCGGCUGGUGUUCAGCCUGUAGCGCCGGAUACGACAAACGAAUGCGAUAUCAAUGGACGUGCAAGCAUGGCUGCCUUCAAGAUAAAUCCGUGUUUUAACUCAUACGAGAUCAACACCCAGUGUCCAAUUCCAUCAGACCCACUUGGCUUCCCUACAAACUUGGCUUAUUCAUAUCCAGGGCUUACUCCACUGUACUUCGAUCGCGAUGAUGUCAAGAAAGCUAUGCAUGCCCCGAUGGACGUCGAGUGGGCAGAGUGUUCUGGACCAGUAUUCGUCGAUGGCGAUGACACCUCAGCCGAUCCAAUCCAAAAGGUCCUUCCACAGGUAAUUGAAGCCACAAACAGGGUUUUGAUCUCCAACGCACAGCUAGAUCUUGUGAUCAUCACGGAUGGCACGCUGCUAGCCAUCCAAAACAUGACUUGGGGAGGGAAGCUGGGUUUCGAGUCCAAGCCUGAGAAGCCAAUCGUCAUCACGCUGCCAGAUUUACAGUACCAACAAGUGUUUGUUGAUAACGGAUACGAGUUCGGGACCGAAGAUCCUCAGGGAACGAUGGGUAUCCAGCAUUAUGAAAGAGGGGUGAUGUGGGCUGAGACUUUCCUGAGUGGACAUAUGCAGCCGCAGUUUCAACCACGAUCAACUUAUCGUCAUGUUCAAUGGAUGUUGGGCCAUAUUGAGGAGCUUUGA